UUUUUUUUUUUUUUUGACUGGAUUUUAAUUGGAAUUCUCUGGCUAGUAAUAAAUUGGAUUAAAUCCCCGUCUGUGAAGCAAACGGAUUUCAGCUGUGCGUUUGGACCAAAAGAGAAAGACUAGAGAGAGAGAGAAAGAGAGAGAGAGAGAGGAGACGCAUACAGAAACUUUUUUGUUCUGCUGCAAAGGCUUUCGCUGGAAACCAGUGCAACUAAUUAAAAUAACUGGCUGUUGCAGAUUUGAAUCCUAAGAAUUGAAGCUCAGUGAAUUGAACACACAGGUACUGUCCUGGGAUGAUGUGUUAAGCAAAGACAGUGCCAGCAGUGCAGGGGGUGAAUGCCUCUCUAACACAGCAUAGGAGACAAAUGGAAAUCUUUUGCACUUCCUAGAUCUUUUCCCUUCAGCAGUCUCUUCAGGGUCAAGCAUCUUACUGGCUGCAAAGCAUGUCACUCAUUUGAGGGAGCAGCUGGUUGGUCAACAGCAUGAAAGAAGGCCCCGAUGCGCUGUGGAUAAAUUCUCUUUCCAGAAUGUUCACCAUGCCACCCGGGGCGGUCCUUAUUUAUACCUUCCUCUGCCUGCUGAGGAGCAGCUUCCUGAGCACCUAUGAAACCUUCACCCGAAGCGACACCAAACUCGAGCACCUGGCCCUUCAUCCAGACCCCCAGACGGGCACAGUCUACAUCGGAGCCACCAACUACCUCUUCCAGCUGAGCUCCGACCUGCAACUGAGGACUGAGGAGAGCACAGGGCCAGUUCAGGACAGCAGAGACUGCCUGCCGCCCAUCGCCUUCACCCACUGCCCCCAGGCCCGUCUGACCAACAACCACAACAAGCUGUUGCUGGUCAACCCCUAUCAUGGGGAGCUCAUCACCUGCGGCAGCAUCCACCAAGGCAUCUGCGAGAAACGCAGCCUGGAUUCCAUCAAGAAUGUCCUCUUCAGGACUGACCGGCCGGUGGACACCCAAUAUGUGGCGGCCAACGACCCAAACGUGACCACUGUGGGGCUUGUUGCCCUCUCCAAAGAGCAGCUGCCUGUCCUGUUUGUGGGCCGCGGCUACACCAGCAGCCACCCUCCCAUCUCCACCCGCAACCUGGUGUCUCCGCCCAUCUUCUCAUACGACGAGACUGCCAAGCUUGCCGUGGCGGGCCGUCUUUCGGAAUACGACCACCAUUUUGUCAAAUCCUUUUCCCACCACUCCUCUGUCUACUUCCUUUUUUACCGGCGGGAUUUGAAAUCACAGUCCCGGGAGUACAAAACCUACAUCUCGAGGAUCUGCUUGUAUGACACCUCCUAUUACUCGUACGUGGAGGUGCCGCUGGUGUGUCGGACUGCUGGGAAAAACUAUAACCUACUGCAGGCCGUUCACGUGGGGCGCCCGGCCGAGAGCCUGGGGUCUGGGCGGCUCAGGACCCAAGAGGAUGUGCUGGUGGGUGUGUUUUCUGUGGGACUGGCCUCCUCGGGGAAGCCUGGAGAGGACUCUGCGAUGUGCAUGUACACACUGGAGGAGAUCGAUCGGCGCAUCAAUGCCACACGCGACCUGUGCUACACGAGGGACGGGCGAGCCGAGGGAGGUGGAGAGGCAGCCUACAUAGAGUAUGAUGUCAAGUCCCUCUGUGCCAACCUCCCCUCGAACACCCUUGAUGCCUACCCCUGUGGUUCUGACCACACCCCCAGCCCAAUGGCCAGUCGAGUUCCGGUUGAGGCUACCCCGUUAUUGGACAGCCCGAGCACCCGCCUCACUGCUGUGGCUGUCAGUGUGAUGGAGGGACAUACCAUUGUGUUCCUGGGGGACAGCAAAGGAAACUUGCACAAGGUUUUCCUCGGCCCCUCUGGUGAAGCAGAGACUUAUGCCACGAUUAUGAUCCAAUCAAACGCUGCCAUCGGUGGGGACCUGCUGCUGGACCAAUUGCAGGAAUAUCUCUAUAUCAUGACGCAGUCCAUGGUGGUGAAGCGUCCAGUGGCUGAAUGCUCCAAGCACCUGGAUUGCCAGUCCUGCCUCUCUGCCAAUGACCCGUACUGUGGUUGGUGUGUGCUGGAGGGAAUGUGCGGUCGACGGUCCGACUGCCUGCGGUCAUCGUUGGCCGGUCAGUGGAUGUGGAGCUACGACCAAAACCAGCAGUGCCUGAGGGUCCAGUCUCUGACUCCAUCCAACAUCAGCAGGGAGGAGAAGAGAACUAUCUUCCUCUCGAUCCCUGAACUGCCUGCUCUCGUUGAGGAGGAGUCUUAUUCCUGCUUCUUCGAGGACUACGAGAGCCCAGCUGUGCUGACUGAAACUGGGGCUACCUGCUCUUCCCCCGAUGCCAACAAGGUCCCACCCAUCCGCCAGGGGGAAGACUAUGUGACGGUGAGGCUGUCCCUGCGCUUCCUCAAUAUCACAGUCUCCUCCACCGAGUUCACCUUCUACGACUGCAGUGCUGUGAAACAGCUCUCCAGGAGCAUGCCGUGCCGUGGGUGUGUAAGCAGCCAGUGGGGGUGUAACUGGUGCGUCCAUCAGCAUCUCUGCACCCACAAGCCCACUUGUGAGGAGGGAAUCAUCAUCUACAACAAGCAUUUUGCCCUUCCUACUCCACCUCCCCCUUCAGUGACACCAAUGAUAGUGUUUUCUACAGCACCUCUGCCCUCCACUUUGGCUCCAACAACAUUACCAACAACCAUCCCUAUUAUAACAACAACUACAACCACCACCACUACUACGACUACUACAACUACUCCCACGACGACUGCUACCACUUCUCCCAUGACAACAACAGAGAGUCCAACUACAACAGAGCCUACAACCAUCCCAAAUACUGUCCAGCCAGACACAGUUCCCACAACACUGCCUGCAACCGCAGAAUCGACCACUCUAGCUACCACCACCACCGCUUCUACCGAAGCAACUGCUGUGGCCGUGCCAGCUGAACACACGGUACCCAUUUUGGUUGCAGAAGAGACGACUCAAGAGGAGAUUGCGACGACAGCUGACUACGCUGACCAUUUAACAAUGAACCAUGUGGUGGAGUUAGGUGAUACUGAAGUGCCACCUUACCCACAGCCUACAGCAGGUGAGGAUAUAAACACAAGCCUGUUUACCACCCCAGCUCUCCUUACCUUCCUACCCCUUGUUGCCUCUGUGACUGCUUCCCCCGAGCCAUCGAAUGACACCGCCCAGCUGAAUGACGAUCUGUCGGUAGCAGAACCUCCCCAUGACGUCCUGCCGCCCACUGUGACCCCCACCCAAAGCCUGACUGACCCCUCCCUUUUGGAAACACUUUCUGAUUCGGACUCGGAGUUUGAAUUCCCCAUCGCAGAGGUGCAGCCCACUGUGAUCUCAGAAGAGCUCCUGGACGCUGGCUCGGACCCAGUUCCCUGGUUUGAGGAGGUGCAGAUGGAGAAUGAUACGGUCCCGUUCUCAGCCUCCACGCUCCUUUCUGGAGAUGGCGAUGCAGAAAAUGUGUCCCUCGCCUUACCCCGCAUGCUGGACUCAGACUUGGAAUUCGAUUACCAGUAUGACUCCCCGGGAAUCUACACAGUGGGCGAGGAGGCUGUCGGUGUCAGCUGGGGACCUGAAGACUGCCCCUGUGUGGAGCGUGUCCAGGGAUCAGCCCUACUGCCCGUUAAUGUGGAGAGGAAGAUCACACUGGUGGGCAAGAACCUCCACCUCUUUCAGGAUCACGAGCUGGAUUACAAGUGCGUGUUUGUGAUCGAGGGGAGGAUGGUGCUCGUGGACACUUAUGUGGAGACUGACGAGCUGGAUCCAUCCUCGUAUUAUCUCACCUGCCAGCUACACCGGUACACCUACUCCGCCCAACAGGAGGACUAUAACGCUGUGGUCUACAUCAAGAGGGACACCUACCGCGUGGACAGCGCUCAUGAUCUCUAUGUGACCCUGUAUAACUGUUCAGCGGGGCGAGCUGACUGCAGUCGCUGUCAGACUGCAGAUCCCAAGUACAGCUGUGUGUGGUGUGGAGGGGGCAAGUCCAGCUGUGUUUACAAGGAGUCCUGUAAUGACGAGAUCAAGCAGACCUGCCCUGCACCCCUUAUUCACUCUAUUGAACCGUUUUCUGGUCUGGUGGAAGGAGGGACUGCCAUUACCAUCUCUGGUUCGAACCUGGGUCAGAAGUCUCAGGAUAUCGAGCACACAGUGUCUGUGGCAGGGAUGCCCUGUAUAGUGGACCCCGGCAGAUAUGAGAUCUCCACCAGGAUUGUGUGCGUGACGACCGCCAGCGAUGGGCCCAAGCCUGGCCACGUGUCUGUGGAGGUCAGUGGAGGAGGUCAUGGUGUGUCCACCCAGGUGUUCACUUACCAGGACCCAGUUUUGGAGAGCAUCUCCCCCCAGCGUGGCCCGAAGGUGGGCGGGACCUCCCUCAACAUCACAGGCAGCAAGUUACUAACGGGACGUCCCAGCGAGGUCAGCAUCUUCGUGGGAGACAUCCCCUGUGUCAUUUCCUCAGAGCUGCAGGAGGAUUGGUUGCAGUGCCAUACUGGCCCCAGUAAUGCCACAGCCGAGCUGACUGUCCGGCUGCGGUAUGGGCAGAACGAGAGGCGACUGCAGGGCACUCCAUACUACUACACUGAGGAUCCCAACAUCACCCAAGCCAGCCCACCAAAGAGCUUCCUUGGUGGGGGGCGGGUAAUCCGGGUGUUCGGACACAAUCUGGACGUGGUACAGAGUCCGAAAAUCCAGGUAACCGUCUCGCCGAUGAAACAGAGGAGAAGGCGGCGGAGUGUAGAGGCCCAGGACAGGUCACCACGGCGACACAGGCGGAUCGUUCCGGACACGGGAUGCCCUGAAGAUACUUUGUGUUCCAUCCAACAGUUUGUGGAGCCCUGCCAGGUGAACACCUCCUCCUUGAUCCUGUGCAAGAGCCCAGCUAUCGGGACGCUGCAGAGAAACGCCCAGGUAAACGUCGAGUUCAUCAUGGACAACCUGCGCGUUGACUUCAACAGCGUCAGCCAGACCCGCUUCUCCUACGAGCUGAACCCCACGCUGAAGCCGCUCAGCGGGGUCGACAGCAAGCCCUACCGACACAAACCAGGCAGCGUCAUCUCUGUUGAGGGGGAGAACCUGGACCUGGCCAUCUCCAAGGAGGAGGUGCUGGCUAUGAUUGGUGAAGGGAACUGCUCAAUGAAGACUCUGUCCAGGAAUCACCUGUAUUGCGAGCCGCCCCCCGAGCAGCCAUCGCCACGGCGACGAAAGCGGGAUGGAACGGACUCCCUGCCGGAAUUCAUUGUCCAGAUGGGUAACUUGAGGUUUAAGCUGGGGAAGGUCCAAUACGACACUCAGAGCCUGUCCACUUUCCCACUGGAGGCACAGAUUGGAGUAGGCGUGGCAGCUUCCAUUGUAGCCCUUAUUGUCCUGAUCAUUGUGCUCAUAUACAGGAGGAAGAGUAAACAGGCUCUGAGGGAUUAUAAGAAGGUGCAGAUUCAGCUUGAAAACCUGGAGACCAGCGUGAGAGAUCGCUGCAAGAAGGAGUUCACAGACCUCAUGACUGAGAUGAUGGACGUGUCGAGUGACCUGGUGGGAUCGGGGAUCCCCUUCCUGGAUUACAAGAUGUAUGCCGAGCGCAUCUUCUUCCCCGGCCACCGGGUGUCUCCCCUGCGCAGGGACCUGGACGUGCAGGAGUGCCGCAGGCAGACGGUGGAGCAGGGGCUGGUGCAGCUCUCCAAUCUGCUUAACAGCAAGCUCUUCCUGACCAAGUUUAUCCACACCCUGGAGAGCCAGCGUACCUUCUCCCCACGGGACCGCGCCUACGUGGCGUCUCUCCUGACUGUUUCCCUGCACAGCAAGCUGGAGUACUUCACUGACAUCCUGAAAACCUUGCUCAACGACCUGGUGGAGCAGUACGUGGCCAAGAACCCCAAACUCAUGCUGCGGAGGACCGAGACUGUCGUAGAGAAGCUGCUGACAAACUGGAUGUCUAUUUGUCUGUAUGCCUUCCUUCGGGAUUCUGCAGGAGAAUCCCUUUACAUGCUGUUCAGGGCUAUAAAGCACCAGGUUGACAAGGGGCCAGUCGAUGCCGUCACUGGGAAAGCCAAAUACACCUUGAAUGAUAACCGGCUGCUGAGGGAGGACAUAGAGUACCGCACACUGACUCUAAAUGUCCAAAUGCAGGGGGGAGGGAACGAGGCCCAGCCUGUGCAGUCCAAAGUUCUGGACUGCGAUACCAUUACCCAGGUGAAGGAGAAGAUACUGGACCAGGCUUAUAAAGGGACUUUCUUCUCUCACCGGCCUCACACAGACUCCCUGGACCUUGAGUGGAGGUCUGGGGUGGCAGGUCACCUGGUCCUGUCAGAUGAAGAUUUGACCUCCAUCGUUCAGGGGAACUGGAAACGCCUGAACACCCUUCAGCACUACAAGGUACCAGAUGGAGCAACAGUGGCUCUGGUGCCAAGAAACAGCAAACACAUCCACCAUGACAACCAUGAUUAUGUGGCAGGGGAAAAGACCCCGAUGCUGGAGGAUCUGGACGAGGGUGGGAUUAAGCUCUGGCACCUGGUCAAGGCCAGCGAGGAGCCCGAUCUGCCCAAGCACCGGAAAGGCAGCAUGCGGGAGAGGGAGAGAGCAAAGGCCAUCCCUGAGAUCUACCUGACACGGCUGCUGUCAAUGAAGGGUACGCUGCAGAAGUUUGUGGAUGACCUGUUUCAGGUGAUCCUCAGCACGAGCCGGCCCGUCCCGCUUGCAGUCAAAUACUUCUUCGACCUCCUGGACGAGCAAGCAGUGCAUCAUGGUAUCAUCGACCCAGAAACGAUACAUAUCUGGAAAACAAACAGCUUGCCUUUGCGCUUCUGGAUCAACGUCAUCAAAAACCCGCAUUUCAUUUUUGACGUGCAGGCGUCGGACAAUGUGGACGCUGUGCUGUCAGUCAUCGCUCAGACCUUCAUGGACUCCUGCACCAUCGCAGAGCACAAGCUGGGCAGGGACUCUCCAAUUAACAAACUGUUGUAUGCCAGAGACAUCCCACGGUACAAGCAGAUGGUAGAAAGGUACUACGCAGAUAUCAGACAGAUGAUCUCUGCCAGUGACCAGGAGAUGAACUCAUCUCUAGCAGAGCUGUCUCGGAACUACUCGGGUGAACUGAAUUACCUUGUUGCUCUUCAUGAACUUUAUAAGUACAUCAACAAGUAUUACGACCAGAUCAUCACUGCAUUGGAGGAGGAUCCCACCGCUCAGAAGAUGCAGCUCGGGUACCGGCUCCAGCAGAUAGCGGCCGCCGUGGAAAACAAGGUCACAGACUUGUGACAAGAAGACAUUUGGGAGAACGCAAGCUCGUGGGAGGAGGGUGCCCCAGUAGAGUGUGGAUUUAGUAACUGAGACCCCCUGCAGUCACCCUGCUGUCAACUCUGUCACAGACUGCUUCACCUUUUUACAGAGUGUCUUACAAUGCCAGGAUGUUAACAUUUCCGUCAUCUGUUAUAAGAAGCUAAACAUGUUUGUCGGUUUAAAUCAGCCGCUGCCAUGUGAUUUUUCCCAAUUAAGGGAUCUUAAAAGAUGUUAAGACUGCCAUGUUAAUUAGGUCAGUUUUAUUUGGAAAGUGUCUUAAGGACUCUGUCUUCAAUUGAAAAAGUAACGUUCUCAAACCUGCCUAACUGCCGUAGAAAUUGCACUUGUGGGUUCUAUCUCAGAGUACUGGUGACCUUCAACAAAGGAGGUUGAAGAAGAGAGAAACGGCAAGCAAUUUAAUAGGGCACUGUCUUUAUGGAAACAAACGCUUCUGUUCUCCGAUUUUUAAGAGAGUUAUCAUUGCUGUCAGUGUUGCUGUGCCACGCAAGCAGUGAUUGAGUUAAAGAUCGCUAUCUGCAUAGAGGCAAGCAGCAGGGUUGGGAACAAAAGUAAAUGCACUGUCUAGGGAAUGUGUCAAGAUAUUUAAUGAUGGGAAGGUAGCUCUAAGACGAGUAGAAGGAAUAUAUUUUAUUAGUUUUGCAAAUUCUGGGGAAAGCAGGAAUUUAGAAAAGGAAAAGUUUCACAUCAGACUGAUCAGGUACGAGUCAGGAAUGUUUUAUAUAUAUAUAUAUAAAAUUUCUGGGGAUGGUUAUCAGAUUUGUUAUAUGAUUUUCUUCUCUGUGGUUUUAAAUGGAAAGCACAGUUUGGAAAUGGUCUAUUUUAGUCAGCAUUCUGUUUAUAAAACAGUAAAAUAAGCCCUGAAUUUAAAUAUCACCAAACACUGGGUAAUGCCUUAUAAACAUAGUUACCUAAAUGUCAUUCAGACUGGGUUUUUUUUUUUUUAUUUUAGCUGCUUUGUCCACAACAAUUGUUAUUUUAUAAGUAUGAUUCCCGAGUGACUGCCAUUACAAUUGAGUGCUGUACUACAUUAAAAAAAUGUAAGCAUAGGGUUUCCAGUUGGCUUAUAUUUCAUGAAGGGUAGAUGUAUCAAGAUUCAUCCCCCUGUUAGAAUUGUGUGGGACAGUUUAACUCAUCUAGUGUGUUGACAGUACUCCGCAUUGCACAGAGGAAAUGUAGCACAAGCAACCACAGCACAGGUUUGUUUUAAAGCCAUGUAUAUUCUGUCCCGAGCUUUUAUUUCUUUUGGAACAGCCUGUAGCUUUAAAAGUGUGAGGUAUUCGACUUGUUAUUGUGCUGGUUUAGUGCUGCAAGGACAGUAUGUUAAGUUUGCUCUUGCCAGUCCUAUUUAAAGGGGAGGAGACACUUGUAUUUAAUGUGGGCACAAUGUUUGACCUUGUUUGCAACUUGGUACUCCUUCCCGGUAUUUCCAAAGUAACGUGUACCUAGGCUUGGGAAGGUAUGUUUACAUUUCAUGCUCUGAAAUACUUCCAAGAACCCAGUGAAUGUAAACAUGACCAACUAAUGACCAACGUCUCAAAAUUGAAUUAAACAUUGUAACCCUUUUUCUUUUGCUAAAAAUAAGUAGACUUUUUUGGUGCCAAUUCUACGCUGAAUAGUGCAUUACUGCUAAAGCCUUUGAAAAUGUAACAGUAUUUCGUCUAGUUGAUGCCAUGUCAUUAGAUUUGUUGUUUUUAAUAUCAGUGGAUAAAUAGUGCCCAUAUUGAGAAGACUGCCAUAAAAACUAUAGACACAUACACUGCGGUGUAUGGUGAUGAUCUUUGAAUCUCAAUUCCCAUGUUUUGGUUUCUUUUUCGAUUAGCCACAGGUGCUGGGCAUACUUUUUCUACAGCCGCAUCGCUGAGAUUGAUGGACAGAGCUUGUCGAGUGGGUCCAAAGUGCCUAAGUUGCACCUCACUCUAAAGUCAAAUUUGAUGCAAGUUACAGUGUGAUUUUGUGGCCCUCUGAAAUCUAGGGUCAUUUAGGAGAAAUUAAUUUUUCCAGGUUAAUCUUGUAGUUCUAUUAAGUAGCUUCAAAUGUAAUUUUAAUGUUGACAUGUUCCUUCCUCCUGUGAGGUGUUUUAAAGUCAUUGAGUGGUUCUGAUUUCUGUUGCUCUCAUUUUCGCUUAUGAUUUUUCUAUAAAUAUCUGCCUUUACCUGUCUCUUGAGCUUGUGGAAUGUAUGCUAUGUGCCAGGACUGGACAGUCUUUAUUCCAUUUGGUGACAAAGUGACAGAGUAGCUGGGGCUGACAGAGUUAAAAGUCUACGUUGUCACCUGAUUUGAAUGGAAUGAUGAGGUCUGUUAAUCCCAGCAUUUAGGCUUCUCCAGGUAAGGAAAAUGGUAAUAUUUAAAUAUUGGAGCAAAAUAACCCAGAACCACUCAGAAAGAAUGCGAACACCAUAAUGAGAGGAUAUAAAAAGUCAUUGGAAAUGACGUUCAAAGAUACUCUUUUAAGAUGUCUAUAUUGAUUUUGUUUUUUUCUUCUGAAACCUUAGAUGGUUUCUUCAAAUUUCUCCAAGGAAAUCAGAAUUUCAGAAUCAACGCAGAGGAUGUAAAAUUGGGGAAUUGCCUUGAAAGAGUUUGCAAUUGCCACAGAUCCCAUAGUCAUGUAAAUGCUUUCACCCACUGAGAGGGAAAUGUUGCUUCUCAUGUGGGUUGUCCUGGGUAAUUUAUUUUUAAAUAAACUGUAAACAAGGGUCCCAGCUUAAUUUCUAGACAACAGUACCGUUAAAUUAUAGGGCGUGUACACAUCACUACAUCUUUGCAACUUGUUUUGGAUUUCAGUGUGCAAAGUUGGAUGGACUGUCUGCAUUUUGGAUAUUUUUUAUAUACUGUAUAAUUAUAUUAUAUAAACGUUUGGCAAGGCAGCAUGAUAGGAAGUGUUGUCUGUUUGAGAACAUGAAUAAGACAAAAAAAUAAAUAAAAAAUUACAAACAUUCCAGUUACAAAGCCUUGAAAUUGUUGUUGUUGCAGAAGUAUCUGCUAUUGGGAAAUAAGAUGCAUCCAUUUUACUUAAAGAUCCUGCUACAUGCAGACAAGCACCCUUGAAAGUUUGAAUAAAUGUGUAAAUAUUGCUCAGUUCUGUAGUGGAAAAUGUGUUUUUUUUUUGUUUGUUUUUUUUUAACCUGCUUCAUUCAUUCCUGCACUAAUUUUCACCAUGGCUGAUCAAAAGCAUUGUCUCAACCCAUGCUAUUGGUCAUAUUGAGAGUAUGCAGAAAAACUGCUAUUAGAGACAGCAAACUUGGCACGCAGUGUAAAUGACAGUAUUGUGUGGGUUUGUGUAUUGGAUGGAGUGCUGAAAACAUCUAAUCACCAUGAAAUGUUUACUUUUGGCCACCAGAAGAUAAGCCUGGGUGUCAGAUUUGUUCCUGGCUGUUGUAUAAAAUGGUGAUAAAAGUCCAGUAACCAAGGCUUUAAAAACAGACUCCUCAUUCCCAUAACACCUAGAUCCCUUUUGGCUCUCUCCAGAAACAUGUUUUGGUUUGUGCUUACUUAAGGAGCAACUUGGUAUGGUUAUGAAAUAUCCCUGUUAUCUUCACCAAUGAUUCUUGUUUAGAAUCACUUUGUAGGUCAUUUCCUGUUUCAGUCAGAAAUUGAAAGCACCCCUGUGGCCUCUCCUCCCUAAGUACAGCUGGUAGACCAGAGUGUAAUCAUGAACCUGUCCCUCUGCCCCCAGUAGAUGUAAGAAAUACCACAUUUGUUCUACAUGGUAUUUCUUACCGUGAUUUCAAACUUCUACCAAGUUGACUGUAUUGAGAAACAACCCUCAAGUGUGCACUAACACUUGUUUCUGAAUAUGUUCUUUUGCUUUUAAUAAUUUAUUAGUCAAGUGAUGUCCGCAUAUCCUGCCACAGUCUUGCAGUUUUGAUGGAAAUAUUAAGUCACUUCCUGUGUUAAGGUUAAUACAAUCCCACCCAAGCCAUGUACUUCUGGUCUAGGCUGCAUAUAGGAAAAUAGUAAUGUUCCAAAUAAUGGGGUUCCAAUUUCUGUGCCACAGGAAGUGGAAACAAAGUGUUGUGGCAGGAAAAUGGGCAUCAAUGAAGUGAAAAGCCUGGAAAGCAAUUGAUCAAUAGAAAAAGAAUAAGGGAACGGUUUAAUGUUACGCUAAUAAAGGGAUUUAUUUCCUUGGUUUUAAGUAUUUUUGCUUCUAUCUAGAAAUGUGAAGGCAUGUUGCACCCUGGUCCAUACAGAAUCUUGUACAGUGCAUACUAAACUAAUGGCAGACUGAUUUUUUGUUCCACUGCAUAGUGUAAUAUAAUUUGGGUGGAGAAUACCAGAGUUUUAUUGGUUCGGUUGUAUAAAGAUUGAUUCUGUAGAGCAAGUUCUGAAGGAGCACUGAAGGUGUUUUUGUUUGUGUUUUUUUUUUUUUUUUUGGGGGGGGGUUUUUUGUAUUUAUUUUCUUUAGAACAUUCACCAUCACUGUUAAUAUCUCUGUGUAAAUAACAAUGUAAUAAACCUGUUGCAACCUAACAUGUCACAGAAGAGAUGAGAGAAUUCCUACACACUUGUAAUAAACUAGAA